UGUGGCCUGGAUGAGGUGCAGAGAUGGGGAAAAAGCUUGACCUUUCCAAGCUCACAGAUGAGGAGGCUAAACACGUGUUGGCUGUGGUUCAGAGAGACUUCGACCUCAGGAGACGAGAAGAAGAAAGACUUGAGGAGCUGAAGGGCAAGAUUCAAAAGGAAAGUUCCAAGAGGGAGCUGCUGUCAGAUACAGCCCAUCUGAAUGAGACCCACUGUGCCCGCUGCCUGCAGCCCUACCGGAUCCUCGUCAACAGCCGAAGGCAAUGUCUAGAGUGCAGCCUCUUUGUCUGCAAAAGCUGCAGCCACGUCCACCCCGAAGAGCAAGGCUGGCUCUGCGACCCCUGUCACUUGGCCAGAGUUGUGAAGAUUGGCUCCUUGGAGUGGUACUACCAGCACGUGAGAGCUCGCUUCAAGCGUUUUGGGAGUGCCAAAGUGAUCCGGUCUCUCUGUGGGCGGCUGCAGGGUGGAGGUGGAUCUGAACCAAGCUUGGGAGAAAGGAGUGGAGACAGUGAGCAGACGGAUGAGGAUGGGGACCCGAACACGGAGGCCCAGGCCCAGGCCCUCAACAGCAAAAAAAAGCGCCUGCUCUCCUUCCAUGAUGUGGACUUUGAGGGAGACUCAGAACACUCCCUGCAGCCUUGCAGCCAUACCCUGGACCUGUCCUCUGUCCCUGAGUCUGCACACAGCCUGCAGUCCCUCUCAGGUGAGCCUUACUCAGAGGAAACCACCUCUCUGGAGCCCGAGGGCCUGGAGGAGACUGGUGUAGGGGCUGUGGGGUAUCACCCUGGUCCAGAAGAGCACCUAUAUAACCCUUUACCCUCUGGAGAGGAUGCUCAUGCUGAACUGGACCCGCCCGGAGCAUCUGGCAAGAAGACCCUGGGGACCACAACCAUGCCUGGCAUAGGUGAUGUCCAGGGCAAACACCUCCCCUCACAGUACCUGGCUGAUGUGGACACCUCUGAUGAAGACAGUCUCCAGAGCCCCAGGGUGGCCUCCCAGCAUGCCAAGCGAAGGGCCCGGGCUGUGCCUGGAACUCAGAUCUCGGAGUUGAACAAGCUUAAGCCAGCUGUGGAGCACCAGCUGGUCCAUCUGGAGAAUGCAGUCCUGCCACCCUCAGCGCAGGAACCAGCUGUGGAACCACACCCCAGCGCCGAUGUGGAGGAGGAGACACUCCGGAGGAGGCUGCAGGAGCUCACCAGCAACAUCAGUGAUCCCGGCAGCUCAUCAGAAGAUGAGGCCAAGCUAGACACCCUCCGUGCGGUGUCCCCAGAGGUGUGCACAGACACCGGGCACAUGGAGACACGGGAAAGGAGCCCUCAGGGUCCUGGGACCCCUACUCGGCACACAAAGAGCACAGACGAGGAGCUGUCUGAGAUGGAAGACAGAGUGGCCAUGACGGCCUCUGAAGUUCAGCAAGCUGAGAGUGAGGUCUCAGACAUUGAGUCCAGAAUUGCGGCUCUGAGGGCGGCGGGACUCACAGUGAAACCCUCAGGAAAGCCUCGGAGAAAGUCAAACAUCCCAAUCUUUCUUCCUCGAGUUACUGAGAGACUUGACAGGAUCCCAAAGGAUCCACCUACAGACUCUGAGGACCAAGCCAAGGUUCUCGAGGCAAUGGCUAUGCCCAGUCUCCUGAGGACGUAUUCACCCAGCCCUCAAGGCAUAGAAGGUGGCUCUUUUGAUCGGAAGUCAGUGUACCGUGGCUCGCUAACACAGAGAAAUCCAAACGGGAAGAGAGGGACAGCCAGGCACAUCUUCGCGAAACCUGUAAUGUCCCAGCAGCCCUAAAGGGGAAGGCUCAUGGGCACAGGACAGUCCCACAAAGCACCCCCAUGCUG